UGCAAAAAUUGAAACACGUGAGAAACCGUUAACUCAAUUUAUUUUAGUUUUAAUCGUGUUGAAUCGAUACGUUAAUUUUUAUAAACUAUAAAUAAAAUAUAUUUAAAAAAAAAGAAAAAAAGAAAGAUGAAGCAGUUAAAGAAGGAAGAUAAUGAUAUUGUGUUAUAUUUAUCUCCAAUAAGAAAUACGUGUGAAAUCUGUGAUAGUGGGUUUGGAAUAUCAAAUAGUUACGGAGCAUUCACUUGUGCUUCGUGCGCUCAAUUUUUUCAAUUAAAUACAUUGCGUAUAAGAGAAUUCUGUUGUAAAACUUGGAGUGGAAAAUGUUCAGUCGUCAAUGGUGAGGAACUGUGCAAAUUUUGUCGUUUAAACAAAUGUUACGAUGUCGGAAUGAAAUACGAAAUAAUCACAGAUAACCCAAAUUUUGCGGGAUGUGUCGUGCCUGUUUAUGAAGAGGCAUUUCAGAUUAACUUUGAAAAAAAUCGGAAGUUGGCGUUAAAUCAAUGCCUGAUAUAUAUGGAGCAAUAUUAUUACAAAUGGAUAAAUUUGUUUCCAACUUUUCGUAACUUAAGUGAAAAACAAAAGGAGUGUAUAAGAUCGAAGUCAUGCGUGUACGGUGCAAUCAUGCAACUAAUCGAGAGAUCUCUUUAUGUUUACCGAGCGAUUAGACUACACAAUUGUUUUCUAUUUAAUGUGGAGUCCACAGAUAUUCUCUUCGUAAAUUUAAUUCGAUAUUUAGUUGCUUUUCGAGACGAUAUUAGAAAUAUCACAGAAAAUGUGGAAGAAUUUUACGUUAUGAAACUUCAGUUGGCAUUACGAGACGAUGUAGUAAUGAUGGACACAAAUUUAACAGUUAGAAGACGUUCGCGUAAAAUGCUGGAAAAUAUUGCGAAAAAAGUAUUAAAAUUGAUGAAAGAGUGUUCGGGACAUUCCCUCUUUGAAGGUAAAGAAAACUUUCAGGAAAUUGAAUCGUUAAAUUUGUUUCGUUAUUCUUCGGAUAUUCCAGAAUAUUAUCGUCCAUAUAAUAAUAUAAAAUUUUGCGUUAAAAUUUGAAUGUAAAACUCUCGUAAUUUUAUAUACUCCUCUUCAAAUAUGAAUGCAAUUGACUUUACAACUUUUAAAUAUUUUAUGCCUAAGAUAAGGUGUUUAUAUACAUUAUAUACAGAAAGAUAAAAAUAAUUUUAAAAUAUGGUAUUCCCUGUGCUUUAUACUUAAAUGGAUUUCAGUGAUGGAAAUCAUCACUCGAAAUUUUUACUGUUUUUAAUCAAUUUGUCGACAAAAUGUUUUGUGUUUUAUAAUAAUUUUUAUUGUUUUUAAAGAGAAUAAAUAGUUUAAUAUUUGAAAAAUCUGGGUUGUUGAAUUCUUUAUGAAUCAUUUUAUCACAUUGUUAUAAUGGAAAAUAAUUUGCUCUUGAGAAUUUAUCCAAAAAUGUAGGGGUACCCG